UUCAGCCGCCCUUCCCUCAGCCAGAAACCGCCCAGCCCCUCCCGAACCUCCCUAGCCAUCCUCGCCUCCGAGCCAGCCACCGACCCAGGCGGCAUUCCACCUAGCUCCGCCCCACACCGCCUCACCACUCCGAAACCCCCUCGCCUUCUCCAUCUCACCCAACCACUCCGAAACCCCAUCGCCUUCUCCAUCUCGCCCCACCACAACACACUCUCGUCGUACCCAAACUCACGCACCACCACGACCCCGGCCAGGCGAGCCCUUGCCCUUUGCACGCCUCAGCCAAGCAGCACCCAGCCUCUCCGCCUCUCCACCUCACGAAGACCCUAGGCCAUUCACCCAGUCCAGGCGCAAGGCCCCGAACCAGUCCCCGUGAGCCCCUGCCUUUGCCUCUUCGUGCGCCGCAUCCGAGCCCAAGCCCCACCAACACACUCGGACUACCAGGCGCGGCUCUGCUCAGCCACGGCACUCUCGGCCCAGUCCACUUCGGUGCAUCACAGUCCGAGCAUUCCCACGGUCAUCUGAGACUCUAAACAUAUGGGGUGCUCCAUUUGUGUAUGAUAAGCUUGUGAAUUAGGUGCUGUCUUUUUGUGCCCAUCAUGACCAUCAAAACACGAGCACAGAGAAAAAAGACCAACACUAUCCCACCACCAACCUCUAGCCCACAAACAACCAAAACACCCAAGAAAGCAUCCAAAAACACCACUGUCCCACCAAAGACCCCACAAAUCUCCACUGCCCCACUCCUACUGCCUCCCCCAACAGCCAGAAAUGCUCCUACCACCACAUCAAAACGACCCCGACACAAAUCCAAAAGAGCAGCCCCACAAGCAUCAACUGUGCCCCCACCAAAGCAGCAAAAGAUUGCCACUGCUGCCACCACAGCUGCCCCACCUCAUAAAACCAAGCAACCAGCUACCCCUUCACACCCUGCCCGAAAAGUUACUUCAGCUCAAGCCAAGGCCAGAUUUGAGUCUAUAAAGACCAAGAAAUUAUUUCCAGAGAGAGGAUUUUUGCCAACUACUAGGGAGGUGCCUGCCUUUCUCACUACUGUCAUUGAGCAACACCAGUGGGAACUUUUCUGCCAGAAACCAGAGUAUGCCAUUAUUCCAGUGGUCAAGGAAUUUUAUGCCAACCUUGCCUUCGCUGAAAAUUCUGAAGUGUUGGUUCGCGGCAAGGUGGUCUCUUUUGCGGGUGAGGCUAUUAAUGCCCUCUUUGGGUUAGCCAACGUUGACAGCUCAACUUAUAAUGAAAUGAUCUUGGCACCUACCCCAGCUGAUUUUGACAAGGCGCUGCAGUGCGUCGCAGCCCCUGGAACUCAAUGGUGCAUCUCUUCUGGCGGUGUGCGUACUCUCUUGCACACCUCCAUUUUGCCUAAAGCUGCAGUGUGGCUUAGCUUUCUGAAGUGUCGAUUACUGCCCACCACACAUGACACUACGGUGUCCACAGAGAGGGUGUUCUUGUUGUAUUGUAUACUGGCUGGGCUGGGUGUCAAUGUUGGCCAGAUCAUCUCUAGGCAGCUUGCUAGCUGUGCUAGAAAGAAGAAAGGGAAGUUGUUCUUUCCCUCACUCAUCACAUAGCUAUGCAUUAGAGCUGGGGUAUCUGUUGCUUCCACCGAGGAUAUCCUUUUCGAGCGCCGGGAUAUUGAUUUCUCUCUGAUUGGCCAGACUCGUGCACCUGCCUCAGCCUCUGGGCCUUCCGCCGUGCCUCCCCCAGUUCCGCUCACUGACAUCAUUGCCCGGCAGCAGGAGAUUCUUGGUCGGUUGGUGUCUAUGGAAGCUCAACAGCAUGCUUACUGGAAGUAUGCUAAGCAGCGGGAUGCAGCCCUCAUCAAAUCCCUCUAGCGCAACUUCAACAAACCAACAGCUCCAUUCCCAGUCUUUCCCAACUCCAUCCUGGAGGCGUGGACCGCGCCAGCUGUGCCUGAUGGCCCUAGUCCUUCGGCUGCUGAUUCCGAGGACUAGGAGGAGGGAGAUUCUUUAACCCACUUUUGAUUUGUAAUUAUUAUUAUUAUUGUUUUGUAAUUAAUUCUGUUCUUGAACUCUCUGGUGGUCUACUCUUAUUAUCUACUAUGUUGCUUCUAUGUGUGUGUUUUGUUGCUUGUUCUGUUCCUGUCUUGUUAUUUAGUUAAUCUUGUAGCGAUACUCUUUGCUUUUGUUCAUAUGUAACUAGGGGGCUCCAUGACAAUUUCUUUACUCAAUCUAAGUUGCCGCUUAAUGUUUUUCUUUCUUGAGUUUUCAACUAAAUUCUUUGGAUGUAAAUGUUGCUAGCCAUUGAUUGAUGCAAUUGUUUCUCCUUUUAGUUGGUGCAUAGUUGGAUUAAACAAUUUUGAGACCCUAGAACGAGCUAGUUUCUUGUGAGAGCUUAAGUUUCUAGAAUUACUUAGCGAUUUUCCUUGAGGCGAAAUCCUAGACAAUACCACACCGAUGACAUGAUUUAGGCCAUCUUUGGACUGUUUGAGCCUUUGCAGCCUACCUUGUAUGCAUUUUUAUCCCUAGUCACCCCAUUGAGCUUAAGUGUCAUUUUUCUUUCUUAGCCACUCAUUAGCCUAGCUUUACAUAUAUAUAUUCACAUCUUUUCACCACACCCUUUUAGCACCUUGAUCUUUAUAGGAUUUAUUUGUUGUGCAUUUUGGGGGUUGUGAUGAGUUGAGUGUGAGCAAGAAACUUGGGUGAGCGUUUUCCUUUUCUUAUUUUGCUUGUUUUCACCAUUAGGGACAAUGUUGAUUUUAAGUU